AUGUGGCGAAGAGGGAGUUGGAGAGGAGGGAGAGGAGGCAGUCGCCCUCCUGGUCCGCGAAACGAACCGAAUGAGACCAGAGACAGCAAUAAGCCAUGCUUUCACUUCCAGAGAGGGCAGUGCAAGUUUGGAGACAGCUGCAAGUUCUCUCAUGAUAUCAACAGCUCGGCUGGACAAGGUCGUGCCAGGGAUAAGCCAUUACGCCCUGAAGAUCUCCACAGCCGUGAAGACUAUUACGAAUGGAAGCAUCUCCUACGCAAGGGCACACACGAGUUCGACCACUCUGAUGCAUUCCAACAUGCGGAUAAGCUCUGGAAAGGUGCUCGGGAAAUUCUAGACGGCGACAGUCUGGAAAAACACCAAGAGCUGGCAAGAGAACUUGUCAAGGACCAUUUCAACGGCCCAGAAUGGAUCACAUACGUAUCCAAACACUCAACCUUGGCCGACAACAAUCAACUCAUAUGCGUCAAGAAUCUUCUCAAAGUCAUCACUCACCCUUCUAUCAAGCCGCUCUCCAUCGAUCCCUACGUUGGCACCAUGUAUGUGCUGCUGGGAGGCACCAACGGCGAACAGGGAAUUGCUCUUUUGUCUCGCAUGUGCAACGAACUCUUGAAACACAUCAAAGCAUCUGGUAGAUCACCAGGCUCUACGAUCAAAAGUAUGGUUGAUGUUAUUAUCAAAGCAUUGCAUGAACUCCUUAGCAAGGUCCAACGAGCUCAGUUCUCGGAUGGAACUCCUGGACUUCUCAAGUCAUUGGAUGAACUUGUGAAUGCGGUUGCUGAGGGGGCAUCAAAGGCCGACCUGGAUGGACUCAGAACUCGCCUUGAAAUCACCAAGAGAGUCGUCUCUGGCUCUACUGGUCGUAUCGUUACAACGCAAGAUCCAUCAGAGGACAGCAAAAAGGCGUCAAAGUUUGUCGCCUCUUCAUUUCCUCAAGCAGUAGCAAUUCCAGGCGGUCGACAUGACAACGACUUUGCAGAUAUCUCUGACGUAUCGCUUCUCCCAACCCAAGGAGAGAUCACUAGUGUGCAAGCAGACUAUCUGCCUUCUACCAACUUCCUCCACCCACACGUCCUCCAAGACCCUAUGCAACGAUAUAUCGACUCGAUAUUUAGGCUUGUCAGACACGAUACACUUGGUCCAGUGAACGAUGUUCUUCGAGAUGUUCUUGCCUCGGACAAUGUCAUGACUACCCGGUUGACCGACAGAAAUAGUCAGGCACAGGUCUACCACUCGUCAAGUGUCUCUCGUAUCUUCAUACAUGAGAGGAGAGGCCUUGAAGCGAUCAUCUCAUUUUCUGCACCAGCCUACAUUUCCCGAAAGUCGCCCGCAGACCAACGAGACUGGUGGCAAAGAUCUCCUCGACUGGGAGAAGGCACGCUGUUAUGUUUUGUAACUUCUGACGCGGAGAACCAAGAUCAAAGGCUUCUUUUCCUACAUGUUACCUCCAAAAGAAUAGAAUCGGACUCCAACAAGUCGGACACACCGAAGAGUGCUCUGGUGUCCUAUCGCGAUGCGCCAAGUAUCACAGUGAAGCUAGCAACGCACCAGCAGAGCGACCUCAACUUUCUUGUUCGAACUUUCCGAGAGAACGUCGCGGGUGUGUUGGUCGAUUUCAACGGAAUUAUUCCUGAGACCUUCAUACCGAUCCUGAGGAACCUUCAAACCAUCAAGCGCGAGAACCACAUCGCCUUCCAGAAUUGGAUUCUCCCACCUCCCGAAGGAGUUCAUCACAUGCAGCCGCCGUUAUAUGCUCGCAAAGCUGGGUUCGUGUUCCCGCUUCGCUCCAUCACAAAAGAUGGCAUUAGCAACAUCUACCUGGACCCUAACUCAAAGCUUGAACACAUCAAUCUGAAGGAGAUCGAAGAUGCGACGGGACUUGAUCAUGGCCAAUGUCUUGGUCUGGUUGGGGCUCUUACACGCGAGUAUGCACUCAUCCAAGGUCCACCAGGAACUGGAAAGUCCUAUCUCGGUGUACAGCUCGUCAGAACCUUGCUUUCUGUCAAGGAACGAGCAGACUUGGGACCAAUUCUCAUCAUAUGCUACACAAACCAUGCAUUGGAUCAGUUCCUUAAGCAUCUCCUCGAUGUCGGAAUCGACGCCAUUAUUCGCAUUGGCGGUCGUAGUGUCGCUGAAGAACUUGAUGGCAAAAACCUUCGGACUGUCAGUAGAGAAACUCCCAAGACACGAGUCGAGGCCCAGAUUCUAGGUGAGGCCUACAGCAAGCAAGAGUCCUCUUUGGAAUCUGCCAGUUAUGCAUUGGGGACGUUGGUUAAAGCCCGCAGGGGAGCGAGCUGGGAGGGAUUAGAACAACACUUACAGUUCAAGUAUCCUUUGAUUUACCGACAGCUGGGUCGAGUGGACGAUGAAGGUUUCGAGAUGAGCGUCCAUCUCCUUCCACCAGCAGAGCGUUGGCUUCUUGUGGAACAUUGGCUCGAAGAACUACAAGACAACCAGCUUGAUAUGCUGUACGAAGCUCUUGACGACUUCGAUAACAACCGCAAAGCCAUAUACCGAACACACGAUGCUGUCGAUGAGCGAACUCUUACUAGGGCUGAUGUCAUUGGAAUCACUACAACUUCUUUGGCCGGACGUAUCGAGUUGUUGAGAAACUUGGAUUUCAAGGUUGUUCUGUGCGAGGAAGCGGGUGAGCUGAAAGAGUCAGACGUCAUCUCUUCCCUCAAGUCUGGCGUUGAACACUUCAUCCAAAUCGGCGACCACCGACAACUCCGACCACAAAUCAACAACUUCAAUCUGAGCCUCGAAUCAGCGUCAGGACGGUACUGGCAGCUGGAUCGUAGUCAAUUCGAGCGACGAGCGGUUGGUGAGCCUGGUCUUGCACCAGCACCAUUUGCCCAACUCAACAUCCAACGCAGAAUGAGACCCGAGAUAUCGCAGCUCAUCCGACGAGUCUACCCGAAUCUCGAAGAUCACAGGAGUGUCACUGAUCUUGAAGAUGUCGUCGGCAUGCGAAAGAACUUGUUCUGGCUUGACCACAAUCAUCCAGAGGACGCUGGGGGCGAUGGAACCCGUGUCAAGUCGCACAGCAACAUCUGGGAGACCGAAAUGGCGACUGCGCUCGUUCGCCAUCUUGUUCGACAAGGAGAGUACAAAACUGAAGACAUCGCGCUUCUCACUCCUUACACUGGACAGCUUCAGCAGCUCCGGGCAGCUCUAGGCAAGGAUUUCGAGAUUUGUCUGAGUGACCGUGACAUGACCCAGCUUGCACAAGAAGGAUUUGAAGAUGACUCCGCGUCAAAUGGUGGUGACAGAAAGAUGAUCGAGAAGAAGCAACUCAUCCAAACCAUUCGCCUUGCCACGGUCGACAACUUUCAAGGCGAGGAAGCCAAAGUCAUCAUCGUGUCCCUGGUUCGAAGCAACACACAGCGUAAAGUGGGUUUCCUUCGAACGGAGAACCGAAUCAAUGUUCUUCUCAGCCGCGCCAAGAAUGGAAUGUACUUGAUUGGAAAUUCUGAGACGUAUCUCAACGUCCCGAUGUGGGCUGAUGUUCACAAGCAGCUCUAUCUGGCUGAUUGUGUUGGCAAUGAGAUUGAACUAUGUUGCCCUCGCCAUAAAGACACCACUCUCACAUGCUCUGAGCCAGCAGACUUUGCUUUGAAGAGCCCCGAGGGUGGCUGUAUUCUCCCCUGUUCCCGACGGCUCGAACCAUGCGGCCAUCAAUGCCAGGCACGUUGUCAUUCAGAGACGCUUCAUGAUGCAUUCUCUUGUCAACAACCUUGUCCUCGCAUUAGAAAGACAUGCGACCACGGAUGCCAGAAACUUUGCGGCGAAAGAUGUGGCCCUUGCAUGAUCAAGGUCUAUGAUAUUCAGCUUCCGUGUGGCCACAUCAAGCAGACACUGAAGUGUUAUCAGACACUCGAUUUGGCAUCAAUUACUUGUGAUGCCCAAGUUGAGAAGACUGUAGCCCACUGCGGCCACUCUAUAUCUGUUCAGUGUUCUACUGACGUUGACUCCAAAGGCUUCCGCUGCCCCCAGCCUUGCUCUUACGUACAUCCUUGUGGUCAUCAAUGCACUGGAACUUGCAGCAGAUGUCGCAAUGGAGACGGAGAAGUGGCUCAUCGGAGCUGCAGAAAGAUUUGUGAUCGACCUUACGGCUCUUGUAACCAUAGAUGUCCACGCAUCUGCCACGAUGGGAGUCCAUGCAGUUCAUGUCAAGCCCCUUGUGAGGUUCGAUGCCCACACUCUGCCUGCCCUUCGCCUUGCAACAAGGCGUGCGCUCCAUGUAUCGAGAAAUGUACUUGGGCUUGUCCUCAUCAAGGAUCUUGUUCAAUGCCAUGCUCAGCGCCAUGCGACCGCCUCCCUUGCGAUGAACGAUGCACCAGAAUACUUCCCUGCGGUCAUCAAUGCCCAAGUUUCUGCGGAGAAGACUGCCCCACUAGUUAUUGUCAGGAGUGCGGCGACAAAGGUGAAGAGCGAGUUGAUCUGCUGGAGUUCCUAUCCUAUGCCGAGAUUGAUCUAGAUGAAAGCCCGGUCGUGGUACUCAGCUGCGGCCACUUCUUCACUGGCGAAACCCUUGAUGGCUUGGUAAGUCUAGAUGAGGUCUAUGCAAGAGACGGAGAGGGGAAGUUCAAUGGUUUGAAGGAUAUUUCUGAGUCUCUGUCGAGUAAAGUACCUUUCUGUCCAGACUGCAAGCGACCGAUUCGACAGUUCGCAACCAAGAGAUACAAUCGACUCAUCAACCGAGCCGUCAUGGACCAGAUCUGCAAGCGAUUCAUGAUCACAGGACGUGGGCAACUUGAUCACCUCGAACAGCAACUUCAAAUUCUCGAAGAUAAGCUUGACUCCACUCGCAAGGCCUAUACACUCAAAGAUGGGGUUGGAGUACUACCCAAGAAAAGAUACGAGGAACUGGACAAACUCACGGCCGUGAGUAACGCUCUUGUGAAGACCAUGAAUGAAGAGCAUCAGCCUACCAAAGUCCUCUUUGAUGCGAUGGCAACUUCUCGCGCCAAGGCUACCGGUGAUUCGGUGUCUGUCAUUCGACAGAUGGAGGCCUUGAGACUCUCGCCACUAGCUUCUGACAGCCAAAUUGUUCUGGGAGCAGACCUGCUCGUAAUCAAGUCCCUGGAAAUAAAGCUCAAAGAUUUCAUUACUCUUCUCAGAAACUGGAAGGGUACGGCUGGUGGUGACUUGCUUCGAGGAUGGAUUAAAGAACAAGCUACUCCAUCAAUGCCCAAAUUACUACACUCCUGCGAGAAGCUUAUCGAACAAGCCAAAUAUGCCAAACUACCUCGAAUCAUCGUUGCGGCAACUUUGACACUUGCUAGAGUUUCUCAGCUGCUCGCCUGGCGGUCACAGGCCGCUGACAAGCCUUCGGUUCAGAAGUCUGGGGAAAAGAACACAGAGGCUGUUGAGGACCGAAUGGGCACUGCCCGCAAACUUCUCCAUGAUGCGCUUGAGCAGUGUUCCCAGCUCGGGAAUAGCGAUGAUAUGAAGGAGCGAGUCCAGGCCAUGCUUCGACUUUUUGAACCUCGUUACGAAGAAGUGAUACCUGAGGAACUGGCGUCGAUCAAGAGUGCCAUGGUGAGUGGCAGUGGUGGCAUAGCCACUCAUUCUGGACACUGGUAUCACUGUGUCAACGGGCAUCCUUUCGCGAUUGGAGAGUGCGGAAUGCCAAUGGAGGAAGCUCGAUGUUCCGAGUGCGGUGCGCCAAUUGGAGGUCGUAACCACCAGGCGGUGGAUGGAGUAACUCGCGCUGAGGACAUGGAACGAUCUUGAUUGUUGGAUACAGCCCUUUGGUACGAAGCUUGGAUGGAUUAUAAAGGUAUACCGAGUUUUGUGUACUUGAGCCUGGACAGUCAGAUCAUUGGUAUGGGAUAUCAGUCAUCCUUGGAAAAUUGUCCUUGGAAGAUGUAUUUGGAAACGGGUUUAGCAUUUUUGAAUGCAAUAACUUUUGAGUAGAUAUCUGUAUGUAGGAAAAAUGUAUUGAG